AUGUCUUUGAACCAAGUAGAUUGUUACAAAUAUUUGGUGCUAGAAUUAGAGUCAGUCAAGAAUAAAAAGAGAGAUUUAGAUUUAAAUACUGUCAAGUUCGACAUACAAUUAGAACUAGAAGAAAAGUAUCUAGAAUCACAGGUUAUGUAUACAGAUGGAGCAAAGAGUGUUAAUGGUGGAGGCGCAGCGUUCUACGUUCCAACGAACAAGAAAAAGGGCACAAUGCGAUUUAGUAAAUGUUUCAAAACUUCACCCAUAAUGUGCAUCAUGUCAUCAGAGCUCAUUGCUAUAUCAGAAGCUCUAUCAAAUGUACAACUGAAGUUGCAGUGGAUACCAUCUCAUGUUGGACUAAAGGGGAAUGAGGAGGCUGACAUUCUAGCUAAGCGUGGAAUAACAGAAGGACAAGAGAUGAAUAUACUUCCAUGCUACUCAGAAUUUCUCUUCAAAUAUAAGUUGAAAUGUGCUCAAAUGUGGGAUGAAUAUUUCGAUAUGAGAUCGAGAGAAAAAGGCAUCUGUUUACGUUUCCCAGGCGUCCCAUUCACGGCAAAGGAAAGUCACGCGGUGAAAGGUCUAGUGAAUUCCCUGGGCAUAAUCGCGCGGCGCCACACGCGGGCUCCCGAAGACGCGGAAUGUGUACGGCUCGUACGCGAAAAGGGCGCCAUACCCGUCGCCAUUACUAACGUGCCAGAGAUUAACAAAUGGCAAGAAACCCGCAACAUGCUGUACGGGCAGACAAAUAACCCGUACCACACAGGCCGUACCACAGGGGGCUCCAGCGGCGGAGAAGCCGCCCUCGCUGCUGCGUUGGCCUCGCCCAUCUCUUUAUGUUCCGACAUCGGUGGUUCAACUCGCAUGCCUGCGUUUUACUGCGGACUGUAUGCGUUAAAUCCCACUGCUGGAUAUACUAGCCUUAAAGGAUCUGCCCUCCGUUCGGGUUUGGAGCCAACGAUGGCCUCCAUCGGUUUCGUGAGCAAGCAUUGCGAGGACCUGGCGCCGCUCACCAAGAUCGUACUAGCAGACAAUGCUAAGGAGUUUGACUUCGAACGAAAAAUUAACGUUAAGGACGUCAAAUUCUUCUACACAGAAUCCGCCCAAGACUUGCGAGUGGGUCCCGUAUGUAAAGAUCUAAGGAAGGCUAUGUCAGAAGUAAUAAAGAAACUAACAGAAGAAGCGCCAUCGACAGACAAAGUGCCGAUGGCGUACUACCACGAAGGUUUCGACCACAUGUUCUCGAUUUGGAAGCAUGGUAUGUCCAAGGAGGCGGACAGCUUCCCGAAGAUGCUAGCUAACAACAACGGAGAGGCAAAAGCAUUUGUCGAACUCGGCAAGAAGUUAAUCGGACAAUCGCAGUUCACGAUGGCGGCGAUUAUGAAGCUGUUUGACGACCAAGUACUACCGCAGGUUAACGCGGAGUGGGCCGAGAAGCUGACAAACGAUUUGAAGAACGACCUCAUUAAAACCCUGGGUACGGACGGGGUACUGCUGUUCCCGAGCGCCCCCCGCCCCGCGCCGUAUCACUACUCGCUGCUGCUGCGUCCCUUCAGCUUCGCCUACUGGGGCGUCUUCAACGCGUUGCACUGCCCCGCUGCACAGGUCCCUCUCGGCCUAAAUAGCGACGGCAUUCCCCUGGGCUUACAAGUGGUAGCGGCUCCGAAGCAAGAGGCCUUGUGCUUAGCUGUGGCCGACCACCUCGGCAAAACCUUCGGAGGAUAUGUGCCCCCAUGUCAGAUAUACUCAUAAAAUAUGUUACAAUACGCAUCCUACGUUGAAUCAACAUCAAAAUUAACUGAAUGGUCAAACUAACUAGAAGUGACUACAUGUUUAAAGUUUCACAAAACACACAUUUCUUCUGUUCUGCGUUAAGGCAUGAAGCCGUUUAGUCGGUACACCAUGAGUUUCUCGACUACUUUUCCUAAAACCGCUAGCAGGUCUAUUGACCUAUAUGACUUAGUUUGUGUGACAUAGGUAUUCUUCCGAAGGAUGGUCACUUGUAACGUUUUCCAUUGCUUCGGGAGCUGUGCCAGCUGUAAGCUCUUGUUAGCCAGUGCCAACACGACUUUCUUGGAUUGCCUUUGUUGGACAGGACUUGGCAUGUCUCUUUCGGUUCUUCUGAGGAUCACGUUUUCUUGCUUCGGCUUUGCUAAGGAAAAUUUCCACGCCUCGCCACUGUUAAUUACUGAAAAUAAGGCAUACUCGUAUUCCGUCGAGUGUUUUGAGUGUGUUUGUUUAUGUUGUAGCUCAUAACUGUCGACUGUGAAAGUGUUAAAUUGUAACGCGAUGCUGUUGUUCUAAUCAUUUGUAGUGCUAUCAUUGACCUCGCUACUUCUUUGUUUAUAACAAUAUGCAUUAUUUAAGAGUUCUUGGACUUUUAAAUUUUUGUUGGUGACUUCAUUAAUUUGUCCAUGGGAAGUUUGUUUAUUUUUAUUUCUACCUUGUUAGUUUCUGUGUGGCGAUAAUUAAGCUUCUUAUUUGGCGUGGUCGGUCCCUCCAGGACUCCGGAAUUCCGAAGGUUACAGCCAUUUGAGGAAACUGGAGCUGACAGUGUUGUCGACGUAUAAAAAAAGACGUGUAGAAAACAGCAGCAGUGGUAGCGAUGAUUAUGACAAUGAUCAACAAAAGUUGGGCGAUUAUAUUUUUUCUUUUUCUUUGGGUUUUUUGUUUGUAGCCAUUUUAAAUGAAUGACUUGAUGAAGUCGAUUUUUCUGGCUUGUCCCGACUGGCUGUUUCCUUGUAGGCGGACUGUGUUCUUCACAUCGGGGUUGCCACUGUUAUUUACCUAUAUAUAUUCUAUAUAUUUAUCUAUAAAGGACCUGUGCUAUGACGCAGGUGAAAGGGUGUUGUCACCGCUUGGCCAUGAUGAUGUAAGGUACAAAUUAUUGAGUCAUUGGUUGGUAAAUGACAGGUUAUAUUUUGGUUAAGAAACUUAUUUAUUAUUUGGUACAUGCGUCUUUAUGCUGAUUUAUAGUGUAUGAUAGUUACUUUUGCUUGCACUAAGACGUGCUUGAAUGUCGAAAGGGGGUUUGACACAUGACAUUGGCGCGUCUGGUAGCUGCUACAUUCUCUCAAAGGUUAUUUACAGCCUCUGUGGUCGCUGUUGCUAUCAGGUUUUUCUCCCUGUAGUUGUUGAUUACCCAGGUUGUUUUUCCGAGCACGCCGUUAACCCAUCCGCCCCAUCCGGUGUUCUGGAUAUAGUUUCAGCCAUAUCCACGAUCCGGUCGUCGAGCAACACCCUAGUGCACUUUGCAAUUACCACUAUAGGGUCAUGGGGGGACAUUUUCCCUUUGAUCUCCUGGGCGGCGUCGUUGUCGCACGGUGCAGCACUUGCUUCCUCGAGUUUUACCUGAUGCAGUCUGUCGUUACCCUCUUGUCGCUUUGAUGACUGCCUUAAACUCGAGGAAUACGUUGAUUGAGUGGUUUUUGGGCUGCUUUUGUAGCGCUGCCAUUGACCUCGGUACUUCCUUGUUUAUAUAAUAGUGGCGUCUCUUUUGCGGGCGAGGUUGUGCGGCUGUAGGACGGAGGGCGCGCGGCGACCAUGCUUCUGGUGCGAUUAGUUGAUUUUGAGGAAACUGGAGUUGGCGGUGUUGUAGAUGUAUAAAAAUGACGUGAAGAAAAUAGCAACAGUGAUAGCGAGGAGUAUGAUAAUUAUCAGCAGAAGUUGAGCGAUUAUAGUUUUCUCUUUUUCUUUUUUACUAAGCGGGCAAACCCUUUGCACUGGGCAGACGACUUGUUGAUUUUCUGCCGUGUUUGUUAUUUCCUCAAUGUGCAGAAAGUUGCUGCUAUAUCGUGGUCCACUAUAUGAGGCGGGCUGUGUUCUUCCAGACGCGGUUGUGUUCUUCCAGUCGCGGUGUGUUCUUCAUCGUCGGAUUGUUCUUCGUCGUCGGGUUGUGUUCGUCGUCGGCGGGGUCACCACUUUACCAUGAGUUACAUGGUAUAAAUAAAAUAUAUAAGUUGUCGUUAUUUGAUGACUGUUUACUGGAUACUGAAUGAGGAUUGACUGACUGAAGAUUACAUUUUGUAUGAGCUACUUAUACUAAUUUGGUACGUGUGUUCUAUGCUGAUUCCAAGGCAUGAUUGUAACUUUUGCUUGCACUAAGACGUGCCUGAAUGUCGGAAGAGGGUUAGACAUUCUGGCACGUCUGUGGCUGGUACACGAGGCUUUACACUUGUGCGGUGUGUCUAGCAAUGGCGUCUUUUACCCUUUUGUUCAGUAUUUUGUCUAUUAUUAUAAUAAUAAUACAAGACACUGUUAACACUAAUUGUGCCACCAUCAAAUUUCCAUUUAUCUGUGACUGCAUUAGUAAUAUGUUCUUGAUUUGGUCCGCCUCGUCUUGCUGGAGUGCGUUGUCUGUGUUGUAGGUGAUCUGAUCCUUCGACGUAUACUGUCCCAUUUUUGGUUGCUGGAGGUCCGGAGAAAGUGUCGUCUUGAUGGUAGCGGAUGGUUUGUAGACCGUGAUCUGUUUUUCGUCGUUUAUAUACGAAAAGUCCAUGUGAAAGCCCGUUGCAAACCGAUAUUUAUUGUUGAAUUCUUUUCUCCGUAGGUAUUAAUUUUUGUACCAUUUGCUGCGUAUAGCUUAUAAACAGAGUUUAUCGUUUGUUUUGCAGAACAUCGAUUUAUACCAGAUAUUGUUGCUCCUGUAUCAACUAAAAAUCGGAUGCCACUAUUCCGAUCGAAAAUAGUCAGGCGGUUUGAUGGAUGAAUAGCACAGAGUUCUGCCGAGUUCCGUGCUGUGACUAGUUUCCCUGGUUCCAAGAACAGGGUUUAGUGCAUUUGCGCGCCUGUUGACCAUACUUAUAAUGAUAAAAACAUAGGCGAUUAUUAUUGCGAUUAUAAUGCUCUCGCGAAAUUGACUUUACCAUAGCGCAGGUGAAAUGUGUUGGUUGUCACCACUUCGCCAUGGUAGUUUGGUGGAGAAUGAUAGACGAGUCGUCGGUUGGUAAAUGACUGACUGAUUUAUAUUUUGUUUGAGCUACUUAUUUAUACUAAUUUGGUCGCGUCUAGGUACUCGGCUUCUCGCGCUCAAAACGUCGUUUGAUGAUAUGCGCCUUCUCAAUUCGACUGGUGAGACCCGCUUGUGGGAGGUCAGCUGGACCUAUUCGCAAACGUCACAGACAUACAAGUCACAAAGUACCUCAAUGCUAGUUUUCUUUUCCAGGCUCCUGGUUUAUUUCUCCCUGAAGUGGUUUCCUCCACAGGGACUGCAAUGGUUUUCUUUCCCCCUGUGAUAUGGCCGUAUGUGCUCGAAUCCCAGGCAUUUCCCGUACUGCACUAAGAGGUCUUCUACCAGUUUCCUUUUGAAGGCUAUGUAGAAUUUUCC